UUCUUCCCCACUCCCCUCUCUCUGCGUGAGAUUGAUUGAUUCAUCCGCCGGAGAUCAGUAACCGCACUGCCGCAGGCGACGAUGCCGCCGUGGAUCUUCAGCCGGAAGGGCGCCUCGGGCUUCUCCUGGGCCUCCACCGCCGACCAGGUCACCCAAGGCCUCUCCGCCGCAGGCCUCACCGCCAUCGUCACCGGUAACGCCCCUCCCCUCCCGCAUGCUUUCCUCUUCCCUUUGCUACCGCCCCUCAUUACGAUUCGGUUCGUUCCAACCUCAGGGGCGUCGAGCGGGAUCGGCGCCGAGACGGCGCGGGUCCUGGCGGCGCGGGGCGCCCACGUCGUCAUGGCCGCCAGGAACCUCGCCGCCGCCGAAUCCGUGCGCCAGGCCGUGCUUGCGGACAACCCCGCGGCAACUCUCGACGUCAUGGAGCUCGACCUUUCCUCCAUGGCCUCCGUGCGCAAGUUCGCCGCCGACUUCAACGCCAAGGGCCUCCCGCUCAACAUCCUCGUGAACAAUGCAGGAGUGAUGGCAACUCCUUUCACCCUCUCAAAGGAUGACAUAGAGAUGCAGUUUGCAACUAACCAUGUCGGGCAUUUUCUCUUGACAAAUCUUCUGCUGGAGACCAUGAAGAAGACCUGUCGUGAAUCAAACGUGGAAGGAAGAAUCGUCAAUGUUUCAUCUGAAGCCCACAGGUUUACAUACAAGGAAGGCAUCCGAUUUGACAAGAUAAAUGAUGAAGCAGAGUAUAGCACCUUUGGAGCAUAUGGGCAGUCAAAGCUUGCGAACAUUUUGCAUGCUAAUGAACUUGCUAGGAGAUUCAAGGAAGAGGGUGUUAACAUCACUGCAAAUUCUCUCCACCCUGGAUGUAUCAUCACGAACCUUUUGCGCUACCACGGUAUCAUAGAUGUUCUCACUCGUACUCUUGGUAAAUUGGUGCUGAAAAAUCCUAAUCAGGGGGCAGCGACCACAUGCUAUGUCGCGCUGUACCCGGGCGCAAAGGGUGAGUCGGGGAAGUAUUUCAGCGACAGCAACGUGUACGAGGCUAGCGAGAAGGCCAGGGACAUGGAGCUGGCGAAGAAGCUCUGGGACUUCAGCGUCGAGCUCACCACCUGAAAACUGAAAAACGUUCAUCGUG